GGGUGUCAAAUUUCCUCGUAAAAAUUGUAAACAGUGGCGGAUCGAAUUUGUACGGAAUUCAUUUUCUCAAAUAAAAGGCUCGUUCGCGAUGGAACCGGACCAACUGUCGGACUGUUUCACCUGCAAGCGCCGGACCGACAACUUCCUGUCGAUUUGCGACGAUUCCAACACGACAUCCAUCGACCGGAUUCUGGAGCGACACUUUUGGUUUCCGAGGAAUCAGUUUGAGGCAGCCGUCCUCUGCACUAGCUGCUGGGAACGGAUUGAAGAUUUUCACAUAUUCUACUGCGAAGUGGCCGAUGUACAUCAGAGUGAUAUAUUGGGCCAAAGUUUGCCGAUCAAAGAAGAGGGCAGCAAUGAAACGACAGAUGUAAAAACGACCACAACAACUCGUGACUGGAAGCAAACACUUCCAUUACAGGAUGAGGUGCAAAGCCCCAAAAGACCAAUUUUAUCGGAAUCGGUUCAAGUUAAGCUCGAGGUAGUAGAUGAGACAACUCAGUCGGCUACAGCAAAUGUAAUGAUUGAGGAAGUUACCGUUUUGAAAAAGCGUUCAGAUGACGAAAGUUCGGAAACUGAAAGUGAAGAAGAAUCCGAAGAGGAAUCGAGCAUAUCUAUUGCUUCUCGACGGCGGGCUAUGAAAAGAGUAGCCAAACAAACGAAGCGCAAGCAAACGACAAAGUCCAAACCCCUAAUGAAAAGAGGCGCGUUGAAGGACGCCCUCAUCAAGAAGCAUUUCAAGCAGCUGCAGUGCGACCGAUGCGAAAGGUCGUUUGAAACGUUCACCGAACUGGACAACCAUAGCCAGGAAGAACACGAAUCUGCCCCAACUGUGAUGUGUUGUAAUCGACCUCACAACAGGCAAAACAGUUUGUAUCACCAUCUCAGGCAACACAACACGGUUUACAAGUUUCAUUGCUCCGAAUGUAACCGAAGUUUUAAAAAUGUCGAUGGAUUCAAUAUGCACAAUGUGUUGAAUCACACUGCGGAAGAGGAUAAACGAUUCCGUUGCCAUUUGUGCGAUCGUGCCUUUGCAACGGAAACAUUCCUCACAAGCCAUUUGAACUGGCACGCUACAGUGCAGGUGAAAAAUAUCGUUUGCGAGAAGUGCAACAAAUACUUCUCCCAUACGAAAAUGUUAGAGCUUCACAUGACCUCCCAGCAUCCGGAAACGGUUCCGAUUGAGGAAAACUCGAUGGAACUAUCGUUCCCAAAUACAAAUGCCGUGCUUGAUGAGGUCAUUGCUUCGGAGGCCUAUAAAAUGGAAACUGAUGUGGAGAUGCCAACAACAGAAACGACCACUAGGAAACCUUCAGAACCAGCCAAAUCGAAACGUAGAGGCCCAGAAGACAUAGCCAAGGAAGACGAACUUAUUCUCCAGUAUUGUACAUUGAGCUGCGAAACGUGCGCAUUCAGCACCGACACAUACAACAAGCUGGAUCAACACUACCGGGUCAAGCACGGUAAACGGGGCUACGCAACCUGCUGUACCCGAAAGUUUGCCAAAAAGAGCCGGCUCUACGAGCACGCGUGCGUCCAUGCCGAUCCGCAGCACUUUAAGUGCGAAGUUUGUGCGAAAACUUUCCAGAACAGUUUCGGCCUUGCCAAUCACAUGAUGUGGAAACACACUCCGGAUUCGGAGAAACCGUUCGGGUGCGACAUCUGUGGGCAUCGCUUUUGGAAGGAUUAUUUGCUGAAGCAACACAUGGAGUACCAUUUGGCAUUAGAAGAGAAAAAAUUCGCCUGUAGUCAGUGCGAUAAAUUCUUCGGAAACAAACUGCUGCUUAAAUCACACGAACAAUCGGUGCACGGAACCAGUGCCAGCUGGGUGUGUGAUGUGUGUGCGAAAGGAUUCUCGAUGAAGUCCCAGUUGGAGUUCCAUCGGUUGCAGCAUACCCAGGAGGGUCGUGCCAAACUUAAGUCACAAUGUAAGCACUGUAAAAUUUGGAUGAAGAACAUUCGAAGUCUGCGGGCCCAUUUGCGCCGCUGUAAUGCAGAUCCGAUCAGUUGUGACAUUUGCGGUAAGGAGUGUGCAAACAGGCUUGCGCUGAACAGCCACCGGAAAUUCGUACACGAUAACGCCCAAACGUAUGCAUGCUCGUUCUGUGCGAAACCAUUUAAACGUUUGCUUCGGUUGAAGGAACACGAGGCUGGACAUACCGGUGAUAUGCUGUACAAAUGCGAAUACUGUCCGAGGACUUGUAAUUCGAGCUCCAACAUGUACACCCACAAGAAGGUAGCACAUCCGGAGCAGUGGGCGGCCAAGAUGGCUAACAGAUAUGAACAACGGACAAAUUGAGUUUGCUCUGUGGUUCAGUUUAUAUGGUAAGGUACCACAGUUUUUUUUAUGUUAAAUUAGAUUCAGAUUGUUUUUUUUUUUGGUUAUUUAAAAUGAUCAUUUACACUUAUUUCUAUUUGUUAACGUAAACAGUUUUGUCUAAAUGUUUCUUAAUAUUUUUGAAUACCCCACAACUUUUCUAUUUCUAGUCGAAGAAACAGUAUUUGUUUCUACGACGUGUAUACAUUUUGUUUAAAGUUAAAAAAAAACUGUUAAAUAACAAUAUUCUCU